UGUAACAGAGGCUCGUUCAGUUUCUUGUGAAAGUGCAGGUUUCGUUAUCUCCAUACAAUGUUAUCAAUCUUUUGUUUAUGUUGGCUCUUUGAAUUUAAGGGCGUUUACUAGGUGUACAGUUGUAAUUUAAUCGUGUCUGUAGUUAAUUUCAUACAGCAAUUUCAUAUUGGCGAUGCGAAUAACAAGCUGUACUGUUGAGCAGAACGGUGGUAGCAGCGUUUUCUCCCGUAGUAACUCGUUGGCCAUGGCUCCAUGUAAACUGAACUACCGUAUAUCAGUAUCGACAUUUUUCGCAAAAUCUCAUCCGAGUGAUGAAUGCUGCGGCAGUAACGGGCUUCCCUUGACACCGAAUUCGAUAGGAAUCUAUGGACGAGCACAGUUACUGAAAGGAGAAGCUAUCAAGCACGAGAAUUUGUGUGAAUAUUUAGACGUUGUACGUGGCAAGCAUGAACGAACAAUUAUUGUUCAGGAGUACGCUGGUAGUCCUUUGACAGAGACGUUCAUUGGAGAGAACAACAAACGUGAAACUUUGUUACGUAUUGCAUACCAGAUUCUUAGAGCAAUAUGUCAUUUAAAUGAGAAAGGUCUGAUGUGUCGUAAUUUAGAGCCACUUAAUAUACUUAUUAGCAGAGACUUUACUGUCAAAUUGUACAACUAUGGGUUAUACUAUAUGACGGAUAAAGGUAAAUAUGUUUCAUUCCCUAUCGGUAAUGUAAAAUAUCAUGCACCGGAAGUUUUGCUGGGCUCAAAAGACAACUUCAAAAGUGACAUCUGGUCCCUUGGAAUGAUAUUAGCUGAAUUGGUGCUCGACUGCAAACUGUGGGAAACAUUGAAGCUGUCGCAUAUUGUUCGCAAAAUACUUAGUCUGACCGCUUGUUCAAAUGUCUUUGAAAAGCUAGCGCGAGAACACGGGCAGCUCGAACUUUACAAAAUGCUAGAUCCGACUCUUCGGUGCAUCAUUGAAGAAUGCUUGUCGGUAUCAGUUCGAAGACGUGCUCAAGCACGGGAACUUAAAGACCACGAAGCUUUCGAUUUCCUGCGAGAUGAAUCUUUCUGCUCACUUGAUCCCGUUGGAUUAACUCUGCUCGAGAAACACUGCGGUAAUUUGGCUGAGAUUUAUUAUCUCUGGCAGCUGGCUGGUGGAGAUGUGCAGCAAGAGUUGAAAAAGGAAGGACUCAUUAGAAGUGAAGCUCCAAUACUAUCCUUGCCAAAUUUGGUUCUUCUGAAUGGAAAAUCUAUCUCUCCUCCAAAAAGUCAGAGCUUUCUUCACGACAGCCGUAUAAUAUUCUUGAAUUUCAACAUUCUACUGGAGCGUUUGUCCGACAUCCCCGAGGAGGAUUACCUGCCCUUGAUAAAUACCACAAAUGCCUACCUGGAAUCCCCAAUUUUUAAAACGGAUUUACCUUUGGUGAUUCGUGAGCGUGACACUGUUUACCAGUUCUACCGAAUUAUGCUAUUGAAAACGCUGCUUCAAGGUUAUCCAUACACUCAAGAUCUGCUAAAGAGUUUCGCGAGCAAGGAUAUUCCGCCACCAUUUAGAGGCCAAGUAUGGGCUUGUUUGCUCGGUGUAGUGGAAAAUGGUCUCUACGAACAGCUGGACAAGAGCAGUCCUACGUUGACGGAUCGGCAAAUUGAGGUUGAUAUUCCCCGAUGCCAUCAAUACAACGAAUUGCUUUCGUCUCAGGAAGGACAUAUGAAACUGAAAAGAUUACUCAAGGCUUGGGUGACAGCCCAUCCGCAAUAUAUGUACUGGCAAGGAUUGGACUCGUUAACAGCUCCGUUUCUGUAUCUGAAUUUCAACAAUGAAGAACGAGCGUUUCUCAGCUUGUUUAAGUUCAUUCAAAAGUACCUACAUUUGUUUUUCUUGAAGGAUAAUUCAUCGAUUAUCAAGGAGUACUUAGUAAAGUUUUUUCAGUUGAUAUUUUUCCAUGAACCUGUGUUAGCGAAGCACCUUCAUGGAAUUAACUUUAUCCCAGAACUUUAUGCAAUACCGUGGUUUUUAACUAUGUUCAGCCACGUUUUCCCACUUCAUAAGAUUUUCCAUCUAUGGGAUAAACUCAUUCUUGGAGACAACUCAUAUCCUCUGUUUAUAGGUAUCGCAAUCCUGAAGCAGCUUAAGAAUACGCUUCUAAAAUCCGGAUUUAACGAGUGCAUACUGCUGUUCAGCGAUUUGCCAGAUAUUGUGAUGGAAACUUGCGUAAAUGAUUCGGAGUCCAUGUACCAAUUCACACCGAAGAGCAUAACAUAUCGCAAAUUUGCUAUGCAUGAAGAAGAACAGGGAGAAUUUGAUUUAAAAUACACAGAUGAAGAUCAUCGAGAAGUUCAAACUGAGCUUUAUCCACGGAUCAGCGUUUAUGAUUUGAUAAGAUUGUUAAGAGAUCGUCCAAGUAACGUAGCCGUUCUAGAUCUCCGUAGCAACCUUGAGUAUAAGAAAGUUGCGAUUGAGAAUAGUGUAAAUAUUCCGUUCAGUUCUGUAUUACUGAAUGAAACACGACUGGAUGUACUGAACGUUCCAAAGUUAGAAGGAUAUCUGCGAAAAAAGAUACCUGUGAUCAUAAGCACAUCUCAUGAAAGUGCAAUGUUAUUCGCCAAAUUUUUGGUCGAUUGUCAUGUUCCUUAUGUGUGUAUUUUGAACCGAGGAUUCGAGGCAGUUUAUCGAGUUGAUGAUAAACUAAUUCUCCAAACUUUUGACUACAUUAACACACUCGCUAAAAGUGUCCCCAGUAUUUCUUGUUAUGUGGAAUCUUAAUAGUAGAAACAAAUCCUAGAUUUUCGAUUAUAUUAAAUAUUAUUUAUUCCGA